CCUGUGGGAGUAAAUGAAGGGCUGUGAUUGCAUUCUGAACUGAACUUCUCCAUCGAGAUCAACCGCUUUUGAAAGCAUCAUCAACAUGAUCAUCUCGCAUUUGGUGGCUUGUGGACUUAUACUGACCCUUCUAACAGCCAGCACAGAGGCAAAAUCCUUAACGCAGGCAGAACAGAGGUCCCUCAGGGCACUGCUGGGAGAGGAACUGUUGGAGUUCCUAGCAACAGAUGAGAGCGAAAGAAGGAUGGAGAGCAGAGCGCGUCUUCUAAGGGACCUCCGGAUGGACACUCGGGCAAAGGGCAUGUGGGCUCGUUUCCUGAACGACCAGCCUGGAUCACGGAGACAUAAAGCUGGAUCUAAGAAGGGAGGGACGACAGCUAGGAGUGGAUGCUUCGGACACAAGAUGGAUAGGAUAGGGACCAUGAGUGGGAUGGGAUGUCAACCGUCCCAUUACCCCUCUGCAAACAAUCUUUCAUGAGCGUAUCAUGGAAGUCAUUGAUUUUGGACAGAAUGGACUUAGUUGCUCCUCUUCUGAGGAAAAAUGUAAAGAACCAGACUAAUGGUACGAAGCCACUAUGAGCACCGUUUGUGGGGACAAUAAAACAAUUGAAAUAAAAUAGAUUAAAUAUAUGUAUGAAAUAAACGAUAUGGCGGAUAUUGUGGAUAAAAGCUGUAUAUUGUUGCUGCUGAUGUAAAUUCAUGUAUUUCAUUCUCGCAUAAAUGUAUUUAUGUUUUAAAAACUAUUUAUAUGUUUAUAAAAGAGAUAUUUAUAAAUAUGAGUUUUUUUAUUUAUGUAACAUUUUGACAAUUAUGUUUGUAACUUUUUUUUUUGUCUUUAAUAAUUGUACAUGAUUUAAAAACCAUUAAAAAAAAUGCACAAA